AUGGCUAGUGAACGACAAGCAGAUGGAGCCAUCAAGUUCUACGAAAACAGAGCUGCAGACUAUGACAACACAUGGCAUGGCGACUUCACCGGCCGCUUCGUGUCAAACGUCGACAUCGAGCCCGGUCAGCACGUGCUAGAUCUAGCAUGCGGUACUGGACUUCUCACCUUCCUCGAAGCAGAUGCUGUGGGGCCGACUGGUGAUGUCAUCGGUGUCGAUGUAACCCCAUCGAUGCUCGGGGUCGCUCAGUUCAAGGCGAGGAACGCUGGUGACAAGUACGCAAAUGUGACCUUCUUAAAGGGGGAUGUGCUACAUCUGGAAGAGCUGGAAGAGCUCAAGGACAUCAAGUUUGAUGUGAUCACCGUCGCCUCUGCUCUGGUCCUGUUUCCUGAUCCAAAGGCUGCGAUCGAGCACUGGUCACAUUUUCUGAAGCCUGGCGGCACCCUCGCAUUAGAUGCAACACAUCCAAGAAACCUGAUAGCGGGCAUGGUCCUUGAGAAGGUCGCUAGGCGCUUGGGCUUAGAUAUUCCCUACAACAGAUCUUGGAGCAAGUCAGAAUCAACCCUAAAGGACGUUCUUGAGUCUGCUGGCCUCGAGUGUGAGAAGGUUGUGACAGUUGAGAACCAAGCGGGGUAUGGGAGACGCUCAUAUGAUAUGGAACAGUGGGAUGACUUCUUUGUUGAGAACGUCAUUAUGAAGGACGUUGCAAGGACCUUUGCAAGCAAUGAUAUUAGAAGAAAAGCACAGGGUGUUUACAAAGAAGAGUGGGAAAAGCUGGCGAUCGAUGGCAAGGUCGAGGAAGUCGACUCUGUGUUCCUUGGGGUCGCGCGCAAACCUGUUGACGGUUUACGAUACGUUCCAAAAACCGCAGGUAACGGUAUCAUCUUCAAAGGCGGUUGCAGAUGCGGCGGCAUUCAGUACACGUCGACUGCAUGCCCCAAGGACAUUGUCGUCUGCCACUGUCGCGCAUGCCAACAAUUGUCUGGCUCUGCCUACAUCUCAUUCACCGGCGUGUCCAAAAGUGCACUUACUUUCACGGAGCAGUCUACACGUGAGAUCCUAAAGCUCUCGGACAUCGCAGAGAGGUCGUUCUGUUCGCGGUGCGGCGCCCCGAUCUCGAUGGCACUUUCAUUCCACGAAGACGAGAUCUCGUUGACGAUGGGCUCUGUGGACCUGGAAAGCAUGAGCUGUGAACUGCCGAAGAUAGGAAAGCACAUCUUCCUCCGUGAGAAGGCGCCAUGGCUCGUGCUCGGCGAUGACGGAGCUGAGCGAUGGGAAACGUUCGAAGACGCGCAUUUGAUCAAAAGCAAAUGA